AGGCACACAUACUCUACGAGUACACCCUGUCACAAAUAAAUUGCUGAUUUUAGAUUCAAAACCCAGUUAUAUGAGUUAUUUCUUCCCCCCUUUCUCUAUCCAUUUCUCGCCCCUGAUUUCUUCUCUGCAACUCAUAAUUUGUCCUUCUCUGCAAUUUUCUAAAACCCUAAGGCUUCUCCUUCUUCCUUUUUAGCCCCUCAUCACUUUCAAAUUUCUGUACUCAUCUCCUCCCAGAUUUCCAUUGCGUUAGGGUUUUCCUUUCCCCCCCUUUUUUUGUUUUUUCUUUACAUUUUGAUACAUUUCUGAUGCUCGAUAGUGGUGUUCCAAAAUUCUCGCCUUCUGAUUUCUUGGAUCUGGUCAUGGAUUCGCGAGAUUUGUCUGCUUCCCAGUCCACUACCGCCGUGAAUCGAGAUACUGCUACUGCCACUGUUGCGUCUGCGUCAUCGUCCACCACCCCCACCGCUGCUGACGACGAUGCCGUUCUAUCUGUUACUGCUGCUCUUGCCAAGGAUGCUGCCUCGCAUUUCCAUUCUCGCCGUUACACAGAGUGCCUUGCUGUUUUACAUCAGCUGAAGUUAAAGAAAGAAGACGAUCCCAAAGUGAUUCAUAAUAUUGCUAUUGCGGAGUAUUUUUGUGAUGGUUGUUCAGAUACAAGGAAGUUGCUUGAAGUACUAAAUAACAUAAAGAAGAAAAGUGAGCGUCAUGCUUUGACUUCUGGAGAACAGGUUGAUGCUGGAAAUAAAGUUAUUUCGGGCUCUAAAGGAAGCGGUACAACAGCGCAUCAGUUUUCGCCUACAAAGAGUGAGACUCUGGUUUACAUGGAUGAAUUUGACCCAGCAGUUGCAACAUUAAAUAUUGCAAUUAUCUGGUUUCAUCUUCAUGAGUAUACCAAGGCAUUGUCGGUUCUAGAACCUUUGUACCACAAUAUUGAACCUAUUGAUGAGACAACUGCUCUGCAUGUUUGUCUUCUGUUGCUGGAUGUUGCACUUGCCUGCCAGGAUGCAUCAAAAUUUGCUGAUGUUCUGAUUUAUCUAGAAAAAGCUUUUGGUGUUAGCUGUGUGAGUCAAGGGGAUAAUGCAAGCACCGCACAGCAACAAUCUGCAAAUCAAGUUGCCAAGUUGUCUGCUGUUCCGAACUCAUCGGCUUUGGACGCUUCUAAUUUGGAUUUGGCACCUGGUGGGAAUUCUUUGGAAAAUUCUUUGUCGAAAACUUUAUCAUUAUCAGACGAGUCACUCGAGUAUGAAACCAUGUUUGCACUGGACAUAAGUGGACAGAACCUGACACGGCCAUCUGGUUUCUCAUCUUCAAAUGAUCUUUCCAGGACCCAAGUUGAUAGGUCUUUGUCUACCAUUGAUCUGAAGCUUAAGUUGCAGCUUUACAAGGUCCAAUUUCUACUUCUCACAAGGAAUUUAAAACAAGCAAAGCGUGAAGUCAAGCUUGCUAUGAACAUUGCACGCGGGAGAGACUCGUCAAUGGCUCUCCUCUUGAAGUCUCAACUUGAAUAUGCUCGUGGGAAUCAUCGUAAAGCCAUCAAAUUGUUGAUGGCAUCAAGUAAUCGAACAGAGAUGGGGAUUUCAAGCAUGUUCAACAACCUUGGUUGCAUUUAUUAUCAGCUUGGGAAAUACCAUGCAUCAUCUGUCCUCUUUUCCAAGGCACUAACUAGUAGUUCAUCUCUUCAGAAGGACAAGCCUCUGAAACUGUUAACCUUUUCACAAGAUAAAUCUCUCCUUAUUAUGUACAAUUGUGGGAUACAACACUUGGCUUGUGGGAAACCCUUGUUGGCUGCUCGCUUUUUCCAGAAAACAAGUUUAAUUUUUUAUAACCUUCCUAUCUUGUGGCUCCGGCUUGCUGAGUGUUGUCUGAUGGCUUUAGAAAAGGGACUUAUAAAAGCUGGUCGAACUCCAUCAGACAAAUCAGAAAUUAUAGUUCAUGUUAUUGGCAAGGGAAAAUGGAGGCAUCUUGCAAUAGAAAACGGAAAUUCAAGAAAUGGAUAUUUGGAUUCAACUGAAAGGGAUGACUUGUGUUUGGGUAGUGAUGGCCAACCCAAGCUCUCUUUGACCCUUGCCCGGCAGUGUCUUCUAAAUGCUCUACAUUUGUUGGACUGUUCUGAUAUGAAACAUUUGAAGUCCAGUUUGCCUUCCAGUAUCUCCUUGGAAGAAAAUGAAUCCAGUGAAGCAGGACCUCUCAAGAACUCAAGCCACAAGAGUUUGACUGGCCUAGAUACCAAAGCAUCAACUUUAUUUGGGGCCUUAGGUCAGCCUACUGCAAAUGGGGAUGUGAAAGAGCAGAAGGGAGCGACAGGUCAGGAAAUGAUGCAGAAUUCCAUCUCUUACUUUGAAGAUAUUCGUAGGAGAGAGAAUCAGAUGAUUAAGCAAGCUCUUCUCGCUAACUUGGCUUACGUAGAGUUGGAGCUAGAAAAUCCCGAAAAGGCCUUGUCCAUUGCAAUUUCUCUCUUGGAACUCCCAGAAUGCUCAAGAAUUUAUUUUUUUCUUGGUCAUGUAUAUGCAGCUGAGGCCCUGUGCUUGCUGAACAAACCUAAGGAAGCUGCUGAGCACUUGUGGAUUUAUUUGUCUGGAGGAUUUAAUGUUGAGUUGCCCUUCAGCCAGGAGGACUUGGAGCAAUGGCGAGUAGAGAAAACUUACGAUUGUGAAGAUACUAAUGGAGGAUCAGCCACUGCCAAGAUUUCUUCCCCUGAGGAAUCACAAGGUAUCAAGUUCCUCAAACCAGAAGAGGCGCGAGGUACUCUUUAUGCCAAUUUUGCAGCCAUGCAUGCAGCGCAAGGUGAGCUUGAGCGUGCCCACCAUUUUGUGACCCAAGCAUUAUCCCUUAUACCAGACAGUCCAAAGGCCACUUUGACAGCCGUUUAUGUGGAUCUUAUGUUCAGUAAGUCACAAGCAGCUAUUUCCAAGUUAAAACAGUGUAGUCGGGUCAAGUUCGUUCCAAGCCAUGUACAAUUGAAUAAAUCUUGAUGGCUGCCAGCGGCUUCUAAUUCUUGUGUUUGGCUCACCUCCCUGUGUUAGUUAGUGGGUAGAUCAGCAAUCCUUUAUAGGGUUUUGUAACAUAUAUAUAGUUCCAGUCAAGGGAAUAAAUUUUCUUUUUGUUUCCCCCCUUUUUUUUAUCUAUUUUUGAUAUCUAGGGUUCAUUAAUUGGUGUGGGCAAGAGUGUUUUGAAUAGAGCGGAUGCCCACCUUUCAAAUUUAUGUUGUGCUCUUCUUUGGAUGACAGAAAAAAAAGAAAUUAUUCAUUAUUUUCUCAUGAA